UGCACCUUAAAUUGGAUGUGGUCCUCCAACCUAAUCCCGAAGAAGAAGUCGAAGGGGAAAAAAAGUACAACAAGGAAAUAUCUUUGACAGAGUUUUUUCACGCCGGCUACGUUAGAUUACGACUCAAGAGAAGCAUUUUAAAGGAAACUACUAAGAUGUCUCGUCGAUAUGAUUCAAGAACAACCAUCUUCUCGCCUGAAGGCCGCCUAUACCAGGUAGAGUAUGCCAUGGAGGCCAUUGGUCACGCUGGUACUUGUCUGGGGAUUUUGGCCAAUGACGGUGUGCUGCUGGCGGCUGAGAGGAGGAACAUCCACAAGCUAUUGGACGAGGUGUUUUUCUCAGAAAAGAUCUACAAGCUGAAUGAGGAUAUGGCGUGUAGCGUGGCUGGAAUCACAUCCGAUGCCAACGUACUGACCAAUGAGCUGAGACUAAUAGCACAGAGAUACCUACUGCAGUACCAGGAGCCUAUCCCCUGUGAGCAGCUGGUUACAGCUCUGUGUGACAUCAAACAGGCCUACACACAGUUUGGAGGGAAAAGGCCCUUUGGCGUGUCUCUGCUGUACAUGGGUUGGGACAAACACUAUGGUUUCCAGCUCUACCAGAGUGACCCCAGCGGCAACUACGGAGGCUGGAAGGCCACCUGUAUCGGCAACAAUAGUGCCGCGGCCGUGUCCAUGCUGAAGCAGGACUUCAAAGAAGGAGAGAUGUCUCUGUCCUCUGCCCUGGCUCUGGCCGUCAAAGUGCUCAACAAGACUAUGGACGUCAGCAAGCUGUCUGCUGAGAAAGUGGAGAUCGCCACUCUGACCAGAGAGAACGGAAAGACUUGCAUCAAGGUGCUGAAACAGAAGGAAGUGGAUGAGCUGAUCAAGAGACAUGAGGCGGAGGAGGCCAAAGCGGAGAAAGAGAAGAAGGAAAAAGAGCAGAAGGAGAAAGACAAAUGAGUGGCCCACAUUGUUACUUUUCUGUAAAAAAAAUUAAAUAGUUCAGGUUUUCUAAAUUGUUCUUUGACUAUCUGUUGUAUUUCUUUAAAUAAAGGCGAAAUACUAUACA